UUUGUAAACAAAAUAUAAAUGACCAAUAUAUAUAAAUAAUAAACAACGCACAGCAACAACAACGAAUACGGACACAGAUAUUGAAUGUGGCCUCAUCAUCAUCAUCAUCAUCAUCAUUGUCCUUGGCAGAUAAUAUUGCAGUGCAGGAUAAAUUAUGGUCAAUUCAUUAUCAAUGUCAACAUCAACAUUAGUAACAACAACAACGAUGAUAAAUAAUAAUGAAAAUAUGACAAUUUCUCAUGUGGCUUCUGUAGCUGAUGAAAAAUUUGAUGUUUUACAACAGGAAAAUGAUUAUUUAAUACAGAAUAUAAUUUAUUCAAUACUUUAUUCAACAGUAUCAUUAGCUGCAAUUGGUGGUAAUAGUAUUGUUAUCUAUUUGAUUAUAAAUUUUCGCCGUAAUCGUCGUUCAGUAACGGAUAUGUUCAUAUUAAAUUUAGCCAUUGGUGAUCUAUUGAUGGCAAUAUUAUGUAUACCAUUUACAUUUACGGCAAAUCUAUUAUUCCAUGCAUGGCCAUUUGGUUCAUUAAUGUGUCGUUUAGUAUCAUACGCUCAAGCUGUUUGUGUUUUCAUUUCGGCAUAUACAUUAGUGGCAAUCAGUAUUGAUCGUUAUAUUGCCAUUAUUUAUCCAUUAAGGCCACGUAUGACUAAACGUCAUAGCCAAUAUUUAGUUGCAUUUAUUUGGUUAGUUGCUCUUUUGACACCAUUACCAACUGCCUUAUUAUCACGCCUAAUGUUACAACAACAACCGAUUACGACUGAAACAUCAUCAAAUAUUAUUGAUAUUAUUGACCUAGAAAAUAAUCAAACAAAUCUUUCCUAUUCAUCAUUAUCAAUCAUGAAUCAAACAUUCGAAUCUGACAAUUAUCGCCAACAACAACAACAACAACACGUGUUAAAUAAUAAUUCGUUUACAGAAUUGAUUUCACAAACACCAGAUUUACCUCAUAUUUCGGCAAAAAUGUUAAAACAUUCAGAGAUAGUUAAGCUAAAAAAUUUAUCAUCAUUAAGUAAUGAUAAUUCAUCCAUAUCAUCAUCAUCAUCAUCAUGGAUGUCAAUGGAACCGGAAACAUCCUUUUUUAUCAAUGAUUUAACCGGUUAUGAUAGUGAUAAUAAUGCAUUCAUUUGUCAAGAAGAUUGGAAUAAUAAUCAUGAAUAUCGUACAUCAUAUUCUGUAUUAUUAAUGAUAUUACAAUAUAUAUUACCCUUUACCGUAUUGGUAUUUACAUAUACAAGAAUUGGUCUUAUGAUAUGGGGACGACAAACACCUGGUGAACGUGAUGGUGGACGUGAUGCGCGUAUUGCUGCAUCAAAAAGAAAGAUGGUUAAAAUGAUGAUCACAUGUGUAGUGGCAUUUACAUUAUGUUGGCUACCAUUGAAUAUAUUCAUUAUAAUUGGUGAUCAUUAUCCCAAUAUCUAUCAAUAUGAUCAUAUUGAAUAUAUAUGGGUUGCAUGUCAUUGGUUAGCUAUGUCACAUGCAUCAUAUAAUCCAUUUAUUUAUAUUUGGAUGAAUCAAAGAUUUCGUAAUGGUUUUCGUUUUGUAUUACAACGUUGUUUUUGUUGUACAAAUUCAUUACAUUCAUCAUCCUUAAGUGGUGGUACAGGUGGUGGUGGUGGUGGUGGUGGUGGUGUCGGUGUUAUUACAAGUCAUACUAUUCAUAAUAAUCAUAAUCGUAAUCGAAUUGAUGGUGAUUUAGCAACAACAAUUGGUUGUGGUGGCGAUGUUGAUGAUCAUCAUAUUACAGAAUGUAAUCAACAACAACAACAAAAACAAUUAUUAAUGCUGAUAUAAUUACAACGAAUGCACGUGAUAAUAAUGAUAAUCAUCAUCAUAUAAAUCGAAUGAAUAAAUAUGGUAAUAAACAUUAUCGAUCAUCGAUGUUAAUGUCGGAAUUAACAUCAUCAUCAUCAUUAUCAACGAAACAACAAAAAUCAUCAAUAAAUGGAAAAUUUAAUCGUUCAUUAUCGAUGACAAUUGCAAGAAACUUUGAUCCACGAUUAAUUAUAAAUGAACAAAAAUUACCAAAAAUGGAACAGCCAUCAAAAAAGAAAAAAGUCAAUAUCAUGAUUCAAAUU